GCGCGUCUGCUAAAUGAAUUCCUCGGUGUCGUCAGUUCCGUAAAGCGUUCCUCCUGGCUUCAUUAUAAAAAAAGAGAGAAGAUAGAGGGUGUUUUUUACGAGGAGUCAGAAGAUAAACGCAGCCAGACAAGGCUUUAUCUGGCUAUGUCACUGAAAUAAGAGUAAACAAGAGCAGUGCAUUGUUCCCCACGGACAGGUUUCUCCUCGGACUGACAAAAGACAAAUCAGUCUCCUGUAAGCCGCGCAUGAACUGGGAUGUACUGCCGUUAGCCUCUUAUUAGCUUUGCUCGCUAGCUUCCCUUAACAGCUCUGUUUUUACGACGGGACCAAGCACACCACAUAGUGCAUUAUGACAGACAGCAUUAUGAGUAAAGCUGCCACAAUGGAGAUUCCUAUCAACAGUAAUGGUGACACAGGGACACUACCAGAAGAUGACAGCCUGGAACAGGCUGCAAAACUGCAGUGGAGCUUAGAUGAGAAAGUAGGGAGCUCCAGAGGCACCAGGGACCUACAACAGGUGAUGGUAUCAGGUCCCAAUCUCAACGAAACAAGCAUUGUGUCUGGGGGUUAUGGAGGGACAGCAGAGGGUAUCAUCCCAACCAGCUCAAUCAAAGACCUGCGUACGAAGGCCAGGCGAAGUAGCGUUCCCCCAAGCAGUUCUUUGGUCUGCCACAUAGCCAGCCAAUCAAAUGAAUACCAAGGUUCCAACAUGCACCACAGCAGCAGCAGCUCGUCCAUGACGGCAGAUGAAGCGAGCCGUGGUGUGGCUGUGGAAAAACUAGAAACAGUGAAGAAGUGGGGUCUCAACACUUACAAGUGUACAAAGCAGAUGAUCUCAGAGCGUUUCGGUCGGGGUUCCCGGACCGUGGACCUGGAGCUGGAGGCCCAGAUUGAGGUGCUGAGAGACACUAAAAGGAAAUAUGAGAAUGUGCUGCGAUUGGCCAGAGCGCUGACCAACCACUUCUACAACAUGGUGCAGACGCAGCAUGCGCUGGGUGACACCUUUGCUGACCUCAGUCAGAAAUCUCCAGAGCUGCGGGAUGAGUUUGGCUACAAUGCAGAGACUCAGAAGUUGCUGUGUAAGAAUGGAGAGACUCUACUUGGUGCCGUUAACUUCUUUGUGUCCAGCAUCAACACAUUGGUCAACAAGACCAUGGAGGACACCCUGAUGACAAUCAAGAUGUAUGAAAAUGCCAGACUGGAGUUUGAUGCUUACCGGUCAGACCUGGAGGAACUGAGUCUGGGUCCGAGGGACGCCGUAGCCAUGGCCCGCAUAGACGCUGCUCAGCAACAGUACCAAUUCCAGAAGGACAAGUAUGAACGCCUCCGCUCGGACGUCAUCAUUAAACUCAAGUUCCUGGAGGAGAAUAAGGUGAAGGUGAUGCAUAAGCAGCUCCUCCUCUUCCAUAAUGCCAUCUCGGCGUACUUUGCUGGCAACCAGCAGCAGCUGGAGCAGACGCUGAAGCAGUUCAACAUAAAGUUGAGGCCUCCAGGGGCUGACAAGCCCUCCUGGUUAGAGGAGCAGUGAGAAGGGUCUGCUGUGGGCUUCUUUCUUGUACACCUCCACCUGUUACCUGUUGAAACCCCCAACUUAUAGAGGACCACUACAGAGGGAAACGCAUACAAAUACUUGAGACGAGCGUGUGACUGGAUGAUUGGACAGAUGGAUUGCAGGGUAUUAUUGAUGAGUGGGCUAAAUGCAGCAAGAAAACCAAGUGGCCAGUUUCAUGAACAGUCGGGGCUUUCAGUGCCUCUCCCCAACUUCCCUUUUUUUCACUUUAACCUUCUCUUUGUGCUUUGCUCCCAGAGGAACUGUCCGUCUCUCCCUUCCUACUCAACUUAACCUCCUCCUAUCUCGACGCUGUUUUUGCUGUGUGGGCCUGUGUUAGUCAUGUUCAUAGCCAUUAUUGUACUCCUCAAGUGCUCCCAGUGAUCGCAGAGUUAAACUUCAACCCUCUUCAACCCUACACCAUCUUGUUAAUGGAGACAGACGACAAGGAAAAAUGAUAACACACUCCGAUGUAACCAAACAGUACAUCAAAACUCUUCCAGACCUUAUCACUCUCCUCAUGUGCCUCCUUAUGUACGAGCUAACUAACGAACACGUGGCCUGCAGGAAGAAAGAUAAGUUCAGGAAAAGAUUUCAAACUACUCUCACACAUGAAGGGGAUUUGUAUGGUACACUGGAAAGGAAUGUCCAGACAUUUCAAAUCAAUGUACAUUUCAAAUUAAAAGUACUGUUUCACUUUUGAAAUAAAUAGUAUAUGAUUGUUUGUAGCUUAUAAAAAAAACACAAUGCUGUGUUUGGAUUAGAUUUUGCCUAAUUUGACUGUUUAUUUUGUAAUUAUUUUAGUUGUAGUCAGCUUGUAUGUCACAUGCUUGAUAAUGAAGGACAGUAUACUGUUUGGGCAACAUGUGCUGGUGCUUUAGACUGCAAAUACUGCAGUGCUUAGUCUGUAACUAUCAGAAACGCUUCAGAUUUCAGUCGUAACCUGAAAGUUCUUUUGACUUCAACUCAUAUAUGCAACAAUCAUUUUAAGAAACACUGCCACAGCUUCCCAACGUUAUACCGGUUGGGGUCUAAUUGUAUUUUAUUUACCCAAAGAGAAUCAAGAGAGAUGUUCACUGUUUUCAUUGGUCGCUGAUUGGUUCAUUCUCACUGUCGACUGAAGAGGCUUUUUAAGGGACAGUUGAACUGUGUAAGAUGGUUCCAUCAGUCAGUUAAAAUCCAGCAAACUUGAAUGGAUUCAUUCCAUUAUUUAAUCGUUUAACGGACUGUAUUCAGAAGGAAUUUAUUACAUUUUGUUUGUUGAUGCAUUGAUUCAUUGUAAAUGUGUUUUUGUCUUAAGUUUGUUUAUCUUUUUAAAGUUAACGAGGACUUGUCAUUGACAUCUACGGUCACACCUUACAGUCUCCGUGAAGCAGAAUAUAUUUGUUUAUGGUAACCUUUCUUCACACUGAAGAUUAUUGUAGCGGUCUAAUAAUACUAAUCCUAAUAAUUCAACAUAAAAUCUUGUAAAUUAGUAGAUGGGGAAUGGGACAACAACACUAAUCAUUUGUUUCAUAUACUUUCAGUGAAAUGUCUUGGCAUAAUGGUAGUAAACAAUCAUUAAUUGUUGACAAUUAAAAGACGGUUGUACUAUAAUGGCAUGGUACUACACACUGUACAACCCUUAUUCCAAAAAAGCUGCAGAAACUAUAAGAUGUUGAAGCCUAAGACAUGCAUUUGGGCAUUACAGUUCUUCUAUUCCAAAUUAUAUUUGGUCUAAUCCUAACCCUUCCCCUAAGCCUAAACCUACCCAGGCAGGUGGGUUUUAAGAGGUUAAUGUUUAAAUUUUUGUUUGGAUGCAUUUUUUUUCUUUUCACAGCUUCACAACUUUUUUGGAAUCGGGGUUGUAUAUUAUGUUGAAUCUUUAUGCAUCACUGUAUUUAUUAUGAUCAAUGUAUGUUUAAAUCUGUUGGAAUCAACAUGUUUGUACCCUGAAACUCCUGGUUUGUGCAAAUUACUUGAUUUAUGAGUAUGACAUUCAUGGACUAGGGGUGUCACCAUUCUCCAAAUUUAAGAUUUGAUUAGACUGGAUUUUUUGUAGUCACAAUUUAUUAAAUUCAUGUUUGAUUUAACAGCGCUGAAGUCUAUGCCAUGUUAAACUAUUGAAUACUGAUUCUUAAAGAUCAACAUGUCAUUGCUUUAAUGUUCUGACAUUUACAUUUUCAAACUCUUUAUCACAUGUGAUAUCAAGUGUGGUAUAGCUGCCAUGUUUUUCUGGAAAGUGCCACGCUAAGGCCAUAUGGUCAGAUGUUUUUUUUAAUCCUCUUUUUGAUUUUGUGUAUUGAAAUUGAAAGCUUGUUUGGAAUAAUUUCUGAUCCAGACACCCCUAAAGAUGACGCUCUAAACUAACUGAUAGAAAGUUGUUUCGUUUCCUAGUGUCAAACCCUCUGUGACGUCAAAUGAAGAUAAUCCAGUAUAAUGAAUGUGUUUUCCAUGCUGAGUUGAACUUGUGAUCAGUUACCGGGUCAGUCCUCCAGCUUCUCGUCUCCUCUGUAUUUGCAUGGCAGCAGCGAUCCAAAGUACAAGUGCAGAUAUGUGUGAAUGCACUGAUGCUCUUCUCUUGGCCUUCUGCGCGCCAGCUUGCAUGGACUGGCAUAAUGACACCAUGCUUCCUGUUGUUGAUUUUAGUUUUUUAAGAACUGGCUCAAGCAGAAUCCAAAAGGUGAGAUUUCCUUUCGAUGUUGCACUCUUGAGGACAAUUAUGAAAGGAAGAGGAUCGGAAUUUUGUUAAAGAAAAGAUAUCAAGAAUUGAUUCUAUGAUUUGUUUGGCUUGUGUUUUCUGAAGUCAUAUGUGUCAGUGUGUUAAAUGGGUGUGUUUUAUUCUGGCUGGAAAAGUCACACAGUAAGACCUUGGCCUCACUUGGGGCUAAAAUUGCAGAUUCACCGGCCAGCUCCUGGUUUGUCCUACUGUCACACAGCAAUAUAAACUAAAAAUGUGACUCCCCCCACCCCAAACCUGCUCCUUUUGAAAUUCCGAAACCCAACACCAAAAUGAGUGGCAAUAGUUUGUUUCGUAGUUGUGAAACUUCCAGUAAAUUAAAAAAUUGUGACAAACCAUUUAAAGUCACUCUUACUAGCAGUCUUUAGAUUGUUGUUGAGAGAGAACCAAGAUUUAUAAAAAAUGAGAUAUUUUAUUUGUGUACAAUCAAUAUUUUCUAGGCUGAGCUGGUGUAUUGUACUGUAUGAAUGAUUGCACAUGAUGGUAUUUAAGAUGAUAAAUGAAGUUGUGUCAUGGAUUUAUGUGAUACUCUGCCUUCAUUCCUCACUCAGACCUGAAAAGUCCCAGCCCCACCCAGAGGGAACAAAAUUAAAAGUACACAUUUUCAAAUGC